AUGGAAUCCACAUCUCAUAACUCCAGGCAUGUGACUGCAUCGCGAAAGAGCCGGCGAAAGGCAUGUUUUCAGCGACGACCGGUGAGCAAGAAGCCUCUGUCUGCGCGGCUGGUGCUUGAUCAUAGAAUAAAGGGCGAUAUUGGAGUGGUUUCGGAAGAUUUGGUGUCGGAUCUAUUUCCGCAUAUCAACCUUACAGAUUCAGGUUCAAUUCCCGAUAUUUUAUACGUUGCUGUAACUCCGUGGAUACCCCGCUUGCCUGCCAUCGAGGAUGUUUCCUGGACGAUCAUUCCAUUGCGCCUUCAGUCGAGCGAUAAGCUCAAAUCCUCUCUGACGAUUGCGCCCUCCUCAGUACAUUUUCCAGCUACUGGAAACUCGAUUCAGGCUUUUAUUGAAGCUCUACAAGCCGUCGAUCCGUCAAGAAACUCCCUUCUUGCCCACCGGGGCAUCGAGAUAUACGUAUUAGAUGUCUCUCCCCUCCAGCUUGACACGAUCUACGUAACGGUGGAGAGGAAUCUAUUAAAUGACAUUGAUGAAGUGCAGAAUCGGUUUGGUGGUGGGUAUAUGGCAACUCAUGGAAAAGGCAAACCGUAUUCUGCUGUCCCAGCACGGUUAACAAAAAGGGGCUCGAAGGAAACGCGUUCCGAGAAAGAGGAACGAUUGAUGGUCGCAGUUAGAGGUGGCCUUGCUACGCAGAAAGUUCUACACGAAGCAGAUGUUAUUCAGCUUCCACUUCCAUCUCACCCAAUCACGCAUACCCCACCUCCCCCAGCUAGAAUAACUUUCUGCGAGCCCGUUUCUCAGGGGUUUUUAGUACCUAGAACUAAGAUUGUGCUCCUCCAAGCAAAGUCGCAACAGCAGUAUCGAACUAUGAAAGGACUGAGCUCCUCGCGGCCUCGCUUUUUAAACCAGCUGACCGAAGACGAAGCCGAGGAUACGAAUGAGCAAUUUUACUCCGCGGCUGAGGAGAAGCCUCUGGAGAGCGGAACAGACAUUGAAAGCACAAGUCCUCCUAAUGAUUCUGAUUCAAAUGAGUCAGUGGAUAGUGCGAGUGAAUUCUCGGAUGACUCGCUGGAUGACAUGAUAUCCCUCGCUGCCCCCGAAUUGCCACAGCAGCCUUCCGGUAUAAUGUCGACUCUAUCAUCCGCAACACCUCGGGCAGGUGGAAAGAGAUUUGAAGUUCAUACCCCAGGAUCGGUGAUGUCUAGUUUCACAUCUGGCACUGCGCGCCAAGGAGGACAUGCGGGGAAGGUUUUCCGUGCAGACUGCCUGCUCGACAGGAUCCCAAAUGAGAUUCUGCACCCUAAACCGCGGGAAGAUGAUGACACAGAAGCGUUUAUUUUUGUGGACGUGCACACCCUUGUUAAGAUUGGGUGCUUUUCGGGGGACUGGGUUCGAAUUGAAGCGUCGGAAGAACCCCAACGUAAUAUGCUUGCGUCUGUGAAAUUCGGCAGCUUAGAUGCUCUGGGAGACAGCAGCGAACCCGACAACUGGAGGAUAGCUAAGGUAUUUGGGAUCUCUGGCCUUUCGCCACCUAAGAUACGAUAUCCAAUGAACCAUGAUCGACGAACCACUCUUUCGCAUAUGCCGCAGCAAAGGCUUACUCCAACAGUCCUUGUUCCACCCAUUCUCCUUCACAACAUGCAGGACCCAAAGUACUUAAAGUUAUCGCCGUUAGCAGUGCAUAUACCGCAAUUAUCCCAUCCGUCCUCGAGAUUAAAUUCGGCGCAGCCUAGAAACAACGCUCAAAAAUCACCGCCUAUUGCCAAAGAGGUGACCCUAUUGAAGAUUUCGACUCCUCUUUCCAUGGAUAGGACCUUACAACCUGCCCUUUUCGGCGCUUUGAAACGUUAUUUUGAAUCUAGACGACGCCUGGUUAAGAGCGGUGAUAUCGUUGGUAUCAGUGUCGAUGAAGGAUUGGGUAAAACCAUUUUUUCGGCGAUUAAAGCACCUGAAGGUACUAUUCAAGAUGAUGAAAUAACAGCACAACUUGGGUUUUCUCUAGAUGGCCCCGUUCGUACGUCAGGCGCAGCUAAAAAAAUCGGAGUUGCUUGGUUCCGAGUCAGCAGCGUUGUUAUGCCGAGCACAGAAGCGGAUGACACCCUUGAACAAGAUCAAUGGGGUGGUGUAGCCAGUAUCGAUUGUUUUAAUACCAGGAUGGUACAAGCAGGAAGUGAAAUUAGCACCGUUCCAAAGACCCAUGGAAAUACCUGGGAAUACUGGCUUGGUACGAAGGCACUUCCGCGUUCAAAUACAGAGCAAAAAGGGCCGCGGGGAUCCCUUCUAACACCAUCCAAGCAAUAUAUAUCUGAAACACAAAGGCGGGUACGGGAGCUAAUUGCCGCUGCCACGAGCCCUCGAGCAAUUCACCUUGGUAUGAAACCAGUAGUCAUUCUCCUGACUUCCACUCAACGAAAUAUUGGAAAAUCUGCUGUUGCUCGUGGCGCUUGUGCCGAUAUUGGAUUGCAUACAUUCACGAUUGAUGCCUACGAUAUUCUUGCUGAGGGCGGAGCGAACGGUGGGGAUGUGAAAACCGAAGCAUAUCUUAAAGCACGGGCCGACAGAGCUUUUUCAUGUGGUGCUGACUGUACCGCUCUCCUCAUUCAGCAUAUCGAGGUUUUAACUGCGGAUAGGAUGGUAACAGCUAUGAAAGAUAUUGUGUCUGAUUCCAGGGCCAUCAUUGCAACAACAACCGAUGUCGAAAAGGUCCCUGAAGGAAUUCGCAGCUUAUUUACUCAUGAAUUAGAGAUGAGUGCCCCAGAUGAAAAAGAGAGAGAGGGCAUACUCCAAAAUGCUGUGGCAGAUUUGGGCGUUAGGCUUUCGAGCGAGGUUGAUCUCUCUUCUGUUGCAGUAAAAACCGCUGCACUUGUUGCUGGUGAUUUGGUGGAUGUAGUAGAGCGGGCCGUCGCCGCUCGGACCCUGAGACUAGAGAAUCUUGCCGAAAAAGCUGCCAGAGACUGUGCCGAUGAAUCAAUACCCGGAAUCACAGACGUUAAGAUAUCUGGUGGAGAUGUAGCACGGUGUGUCAUGAGAAUUGACUUCGAGGUAGCCGUUGAGGCAGCACGCAAAAAUUUCGCCGAUUCUAUCGGUGCUCCAAAGAUUCCUAAUGUAACAUGGGAUGAUGUUGGCGGCCUCACCAACGUCAAGGAUGCCGUAAUGGAGACAAUCCAGCUACCGCUAGAACGUCCUGAACUUUUUGCCAAAGGCAUGAAAAAACGAAGUGGCAUCCUGUUUUACGGUCCUCCAGGAACAGGAAAAACACUGCUUGCAAAAGCAAUCGCUACGGAAUUUUCUCUCAACUUUUUCUCGGUAAAGGGCCCGGAAUUAUUGAACAUGUAUAUUGGUGAAUCGGAGGCGAAUGUGCGCCGUGUUUUCCAACGUGCACGAGAUGCAAGGCCUUGUGUUGUUUUCUUCGACGAACUUGAUUCAGUCGCACCAAAACGUGGAAAUCAAGGAGACAGUGGAGGCGUUAUGGACCGUAUUGUCAGCCAGCUUCUUGCAGAACUUGAUGGUAUGAGCAGUGGGGAUGAAAAUGGCGGUGGUGUCUUCGUCAUUGGAGCAACAAAUCGACCAGAUCUUCUGGAUGCUGCUCUACUCCGCCCUGGCCGUUUUGAUAAAAUGCUGUAUCUUGGUGUUUCAGAUACCCAUUCCAAACAGAGCACUAUCCUGCAAGCGCUCACACGAAAAUUCAGCUUAGAUUCCAGUGUUUCAUUGGAUCGGAUUGCGGAGCGGUUGCCAUUUACAUAUACUGGUGCUGAUUUAUACGCGCUAUGUUCAGAUGCUAUGCUCAAAGCAAUUACCCGCCAGGCUUCAGCAGUAGACAAAAAGAUUAACGCACUUCCGGAGGGGCCUGUGACCACCGCUUACUUCUUCGAUCACAUGGCCACUCCGGAUGACGUUGCAGUCACUGUCACGGAAGAAGAUUUUAUUGCAGCGCAGCAGGAGUUGGUGCCCAGUGUUAGUACAAAAGAGCUUGAACAUUUCGAACGAGUACGCCGCACAUUUGAAUCUGUCGAUACUGUAAAAAAACCUGGCAACAAAUCAGUGCUGACGAAUGGUUCAACGUCGGUUCCCCACAUGAAUGGAGUCGUUGUCGAACAAUCCGAUGGCCCUGCGAAUGGCCUAAAAGUGGCCACUGAUGAAGAUGAAGAUGAGUAUAUUGUCCGCACAGACCAUUUAAAGUCGCCAGCGGAAAAAACCCGUUCUCCGUCAACAGGGGCUUCAGAAUCCUAA